AUGAUUGAUCAAAAGGAUAUCGACAGUGUAUUUAUCCAAUACGUCAAAGAAUACCAAGAUAUCAAUGGCACCUAUGUACAAGUAUACGAGAAACCGCCCACUGCUCUAGAGUUUUUGAGAGGCUCUGUUCAGCCGAACAGACCUGCAGUCAUUAAAGGUGGUUUUGAGCAUUGGCCUGCGAGAAGAGGAUGGACCAACGAAUACCUGCGAUCAAGAAUGGGAGACACGACAGUAACAGUGGCAGCAACACCUAAUGGCUAUGCGGAUGCAGUAACAUUUGAUCCUGCCACUCAAAAAGAGUACUUUACAAUGCCGUACCAAGACCAUAUGACAUUUAACACGUUUAUGGACUUGAUGGAGGGAAAGAAAGUGUCAGAAAACGCCAAUUACAUCUCGCUACAGAAUGGCAGUUUACCAGCAGAAUACAGUGCGAUUGAAAACGACGUUGACAAGGAUAUCGACUGGUGCAGUGAAGCAUUGGGCAAGAAGCCAGACGCUGUCAAUUUCUGGUUUGGAGAUGACAAGAGCGCUACUUCACUGCACAAGGAUCCCUACGAGAAUUGCUAUGCUGUUGUCAGAGGUCAAAAGACGUUCAUUCUAUAUCCGCCCACAGAGUACUACUGCAUGCAUGAAUCAGUCUAUCAAAAUGCCAUCUACGAGCGCAAUCCAGUAACCCACAAACUCGAACUCAAGCCAAUUGAUGGGACGACACCUUGGAUCCCUGUGAAUCCUCUGUAUCCAGAUUUCAUCAAGUUUCCUCGAUUCACACAUGCCUGUCCAGUGACGGUAACUGUGAAUGAGGGAGAUAUGCUGUAUUUGCCUGCACUAUGGUUCCACCAAGUCAUGCAAAAAGGAGAACAAGGCGUCAUUGCCAUCAAUUAUUGGUAUGACAUGGACUACAGCAACAUGUUGUAUCCAACCAUGGCUUUAUACAGACGACUUCUGACAGGCAUCAUGGAAAACAACAGAGAAUUAGUAGAUAAUGAUGAUGGCAGUGAUUUAGAAUAA